UUGUGCAUCGUGUGUAUUUGUUAAAAAAGGAAUGAGCUUAUCACUUUACUCUAUUUCUGCCAGAGCAUUCUUCUUAGGAUUCGUGAUUUGCUUAGGACUAUCAAUUGAUUUAGCUUCUGAACCAACGUGGAAAAUUUUUGGUGUCUAUGCAUCAGUAUUAUCAACAUUUCAUUUUACAGAAUUUUUGUCAGUUGCAUCCACCAAUCCAGUAGCAUCAUCUUCGGAUACUUACAUUAUCAAUCACAGUUUUGCCUAUACUGUAGCAGCCUUGGCAAGUUGGAUUGAAUACUUCUUCGAAAGAUAUUAUUUUCCAAUCAUUAAACAAAACCUUUGGAUUUCCUUAGUCGGUAUUAUUAUGUGUGCCACUGGAGAAAUAAUCAGAAAGACUGCCAUUUAUACUGCUCAACAUAAUUUUAAUCACAUAGUUCAAAAUACAAAAUCUAAUAAUCAUAGUUUGGUUACUCAUGGAAUAUACAAUAUUUGCAGACAUCCGAGUUAUGUUGGUUGGUUUUAUUGGUCCAUAGGUACUCAGUUGAUUUUACAAAAUCCGUUAUGUCUUACAACGUACACCAUUAUAUCAUGGAGAUUUUUUAAGGAAAGAAUAACCAUUGAAGAAUCUAGCUUAUUGAAGUUUUUUGGAAGCUCAUACAUAGUAUAUCAAAGUAAAGUUGGCACAGGUCUACCGUUCAUCUUUGGUCACAAGAGAAAUAUACCUUGAAGAAACUACCUUAUGUUGAUGGAUACUAACAAGGGAG